AUGCAAGACAUCGAGGACACGGGCUAUCCAGGUGCUGCUUCAGCAAGCAAGUCAAUCACCGUGAAGCUGCCCAAGAUCGUACCCAAAGAUGUAGAAGGCUUCAAGACCACUUAUGAGGCUCACGUCAAGGAUCGAGAGGCGCAGGGCAUUCCGCCGCUGCCGUUGGAUGCAAAGCAGGUGCAGUGUGUGGUGGAGCUGCUGAAGGCCCCUCCGGCAGGCCAGGAGACAUUCCUCUUGGAGCUGCUGCGGAGCCGUGUUCCACCAGGGGUUGACGAUGCCAGCUACGUCAAGGCCAACUUCUUGCGGAGGAUCGUGGUCGGUGCGGAGAGAAGCCCAGUCAUCACCAAGGCACAGGCGGUGGAGAUGCUUGGGUGGAUGCAGGGAGGCUACAACGUGCAGCCUUUGGUGGAGGCCCUGGACCUAGAUCAGGAGCUGGCCGAGUUGGCUGUGACAGGUUUGUCACGUACCCUGCUCAUGUUUGAUGCUUUUUAUGAUGUUGAAGACAAGAUGAAGGCAGGAAAUGUGUUUGCAAAGAAGUUGAUGGAGUCCUGGGCAAAGGCUGAGUGGUUCAGCAGCAGGAAGGGCAUCCCGGACAAGGUCACAUUGACGGUCUUCAAAGUCACGGGCGAGACGAACACGGAUGAUUUGUCCCCGGCACCCGACGCCUGGUCCAGACCUGACAUUCCUUUGCACGCCCUGGCCAUGCUCAAGUUCCCACGGGAAGGCAUCACGGAUGCCUCAAAGCAGAUCGCCGAGCUGAAAAAGAAGGGCUUCCCCUUGGUCUACGUGGGGGACGUCGUAGGAACUGGCUCCUCCAGAAAGUCAGCGACAAAUUCCAUCCUGUGGUACAUGGGCGACGACAUCCCUUUCACGCCGAACAAGAGGACUGGUGGAUUCGUCUUCGGGACUGUGAUAGCUCCCAUUUUCUUCAACACCAUGGAGGACUCGGGUGCGCUACCAGUUGAGAUGGACGUGAAGGACAUGAACAUGGGGGACGUCGUUGAUGUCUGCUUCAGAGAAGGAGUCGUCAAGAAACAUGGCACUGACACGAUCGUGUCGAAAUUCUCCUUGAAAUCGGAGGUCUUGCACGAUGAAGUACAGGCUGGAGGACGCAUACCUCUGAUCAUCGGGCGAGGGCUGACAGGAAAGGCCAGGGAAGCACUGCAGUUGGAGCCCUCCCAAGCUUUCAGAUCCAUGAAGCAGCCGGACGUGAAAGUGAAAGGCUACACUCUCGCCCAGAAGCUGGUGGGUAAGGCCUGCGGCGUGGCUGGUGUGGUGCCCGGCGCCUACUGUGAGCCCAGCAUGGGCGCUGUAGGAUCCCAGGACACGACUGGCCCCAUGACCAGAGAUGAGCUAAAGGAUCUUGCCUGCCUCGGCUUCUCUGCUGAUCUGACGAUGCAGUCUUUCUGCCACACCGCAGCCUACCCCAAACCAGUCGACGUCACCACGCACCAGACGCUGCCGAAGUUCAUUGCUGACAGAGGUGGCGUGGCUUUGCGACCGGGCGAUGGCAUCAUCCACUCGUGGUUAAACCGGAUGUUGCUACCGGACCAGGUUGGAACGGGUGGUGACUCGCACACUCGCUUUCCCCUGGGCAUCUCUUUCCCGGCGGGCUCAGGCCUGGUCGCCUUUGCGGCUGCCACCGGGGUGAUGCCUCUUGAUAUGCCCGAGAGCGUUCUCGUCCGCUUCAGCGGGAAGAUGCAGCCAGGCGUCACCUUGAGAGAUCUGGUUCACGCGAUCCCAUACUUUGCCAUUCAGAAGGGCCUCUUGACGGUCGAGAAGAAAGGCAAGGUAAAUGUCUUCAACGGCCGUGUGCUCGAGAUCGAAGGUCUGCCAGAUCUGAAGUGCGAACAGGCUUUUGAACUUUCAGACGCCUCCGCCGAGCGCUCUGCAGCUGGCUGUACCAUCAAACUCAACAAGGAGCCCGUCAUCGAGUACCUGAAGUCGAACAUCGUCCUCCUCAAAUGGAUGGUCGCCAAAGGCUACAGUGACCCGCGAACUCUCGCACGGCGCGUGGCCAAGAUGGAGGCCUGGCUGGCAAACCCGCGGCUCAUGGAGGCAGACAAGGAUGCCGAGUAUGCUGCUGUUCUUGAAAUCAACAUGGACGAGAUCAGAGAGCCGAUUCUUUGCUGCCCAAAUGAUCCCGAUGAUGCCAAGACGCUUUCCGCGGUGCAAGGUGCCAAGAUCGACGAGGUUUUCAUUGGUUCUUGCAUGACCAACAUCGGACACUACCGCGCUGCGGGCAAGAUGCUGGCGCAAUGCGAGAGACAACUCCCCACCCGGCUGUGGAUAGCACCUCCGACCAAAAUGGAUCAGGAGCAGCUGACCAAGGAAGGCUUCUAUGCGAUUUACGGCAAGGUUGGGGCUCGAACUGAGAUGCCGGGGUGCUCGCUGUGUAUGGGAAACCAGGCCCGUGUCGCAGACGGCUGCACUGUGGUGUCCACCUCCACUCGCAACUUCCCGAACCGCCUCGGCAAGGGUGCGAACGUGUACCUGGCCUCAGCUGAACUUGCUGCAGUCUCGGCCAUGCUGGGAAGGCUCCCAACGACAGAAGAGUACCUGAAAUACCAUACAGAGCUGGGCAAGAACGAGGCCCAAAUCUAUAAGUACUUGAACUUUGACCAAGUGGAAGACUACUCGGACGUGGCAGCAAUGGUACAGGAUGGUGAGGCAGGGAGCUGCGUGGCACCAUGCAAGGCUUCGACUGGCCGGGCCGCUUUGGUGAAAACCCCCACUGGCCGGAUGAGGACAACCAUUGUGCUUGACAAGCAGCAGGUGGUUGGGAGUGGGCGCAAGGACUCGAGAGGCCGAGGCAGCAUUACGCCGCACUCGGCGGCUUCGUCGAGGAGGAUGACCUUGAGGUUCGGUGUCGAGAAAGGUGCCCAGAAGCAGGAGCCACGUACACCUCGCAAAGCCGCCGAAAAGCAAGAAGAUUCCGCGGAUCCUGGCCUGGUGAAGUCCGAGCCUGAAGCCACGCCAGAAGAGCCGCGGCGGCCUGAUGUCGAGAUGGUGGAGCUGCAAAGGCAGCUCGAUGUGUCUUGCCAGCAGAAGGCAGCGAUGGAAAACCAGCUGGAGGUGGCCUGGGAGUUGGUGGCCGAGCUCCGGGGCCGUUUGGUGGAUACCCUCGAGCAGGGCAAGCAAUCCGCAGAGUCGGAACCUGCCACCGUGGUCAGAGCUGGGAAGAAGGAGAACGGGAGCCAGAUGCAGACAGCUCAGGGGCAGCUGCAGCCAACCGAAAGCAACUCCCGUCUCGUGGCUCAGGCCGAUGCCCUUGCGGUGGCUUCCCGCGCGGCCAUGGAUGCAGCCAAGGCUGUCCAGCGCGCGAAGUACCAAAGCGGCAUCGCCGCACUGCCCUGGAGCUCCUCGCGGCUGGCGGCGCGCAUGACGCACCGGCCAGGCGGUCCGGCUCUGUGCUCUCUGCUCUCGUUUUUGUAG